AUGGGUAAGGUACACAAAUCGCUAUCACGUGCUGGUAAGGUAAGAGGACAAACACCAAAGGUAGCAAAGCAGGAUAAGAAAAAGAAUCCAAGAGGAUGUGCCCACAAGUAUAUGCAAUACAAUCGCGGAUUCGUCACUGUUGUUGUUGGGUUUGGAAAGAAGAGAGGACCAAACUCUUUUGAGAAGUAGACGAUGACAUCAGUUACUUUACAAGAGUUUUCGCCUUUGUUUUGUUUGUAAAAUUUGAUUCACAGACAUCAUGAUCGGAGAAGACUAGUUUACUACGGAUAUUUGUAGGA